AUGAUGACAAAUAGCUAUAAAAGACUUCAAGAUGGAAGGAACAAACUUAAUAGACUUACAAAUCUUCCUAUUAAUGUCAAAUACCAAAUUCAGGAGCACAUGACUAUUGAGGAUGCCGCAAGAAUGAGUGUCUUGUCCAGUAAAUGGAGACAUAUUUGGGCUUCAAAUCCAAAGCUCACUAUUUUUGCGGACUUCUGCAGAAAGGGAAAGCAAUCAAGCAUAACAAACAUCAUUAAUAGAGUACUAUUGCAUCACUAUGGACCCAUUAAGACAUUUCUCCUUGAUCUUUCAAUAAUAAAUCCUUCCGAGCACUCAGUUAUUGAUCUAUGGAUGUUACAUUUGUCAAGAAAUGGUCUUGUGGAUCUCACCCUCAAGAAUCCAGGAAAUUUGAAUGCUCCUUAUAAGUUGCCUUCCUAUGAUUGCCGGAAUGUAAAAUUUUAUGCAGUUAUACCACAACAAGAAGUUUCACAAAACAGACAACAUGAAGCAAUGGACUUGGUAAAACUUCUCAGCGUAUUGCCUAAUAUUGGAACACUUAUCUUGGACGAAUGCUCCCUCAAGUUUUUAGCUUGUGGUAAUUUAGAAAGAAGGCUGUCAACUAUGCUCAAUAACUUGGUCAAUCUCGAAUUUCAUGGUUUCGAUUUUAAUGAUGAAGAUCAAAUUUGUUUCCUUCUAUGCAUCCUUAGAAGUUCUCCCAAUUUGAAGUUGCUUAACCUUCUGUUGAGUCGGAUCAAGAAAGUUUUCAGGAAAGUUGAUGUAAAUCAGUUGAAAGCACAAGGCUGCAGGAUUGAUGAACUCAAUAACCUUCGAGCUCUGAAAAUACAUAAAUUUCAUGCUUCAAGAGCGGAAUAG